GUGGGCCAGGCAGGAAGAUGGCGGCGGGAGCGGAGGUGUGAGUGGACCCGGGUGUAUACAGCUGGAUUUUCUCUUCCCUCUUCCUCCCCUUUUUCUUCUCCUUUUGAGAUUGGCAUCGACGGGGCCGAGUCCGGGUGGCGGCGCCGGUCGCAGCGCAGGGGUCACGGCGGCGGCGGCGGCUGACGGCUGGAAGGGCAGGCUUCCUUCGCCGCUCGUCCUCCUUCCCCGGUCCGCUCGGUGUCAGGCGCAGCGGCGGCGGCGGCGCGCGGGGCGGACUUCGUCCUACCUCCAGCACCCCCCAGCGCGGGAGCGGGCGCUCUUCCCUUCGCCAUCCUCCGACAUUUCACCCCGGGGACUAGGCGCCGCCUCCGGCGCAGCUCACGGAGCAGGGGCCGGUCUCCUGCUCGCCUGUCGCGCCUCCAUGUCGGAUAACCAGAGCUGGAACUCGUCGGGCUCGGAGGAGGAUCCGGAGACGGAGUUCGGGCCGCCUGUGGAGCGCUGCGGGGUGCUGAGCAAGUGGACAAACUACAUUCAUGGAUGGCAAGAUCGUUGGGUAGUUAUGAAAAAUAAUACUUUGAGUUACUACAAAUCUGAAGAUGAGACAGAGUAUGGCUGCAGAGGAUCCAUCUGUCUUAGCAAGGCUGUCAUCACGCCCCAUGAUUUUGAUGAAUGUCGAUUUGAUAUUAGUGUAAAUGAUAGCGUUUGGUAUCUUCGUGCUCAGGAUCCAGAUCACAGACAACAGUGGAUAGAUGCCAUCGAACAGCACAAGACUGAAUCUGGUUAUGGAUCUGAAUCCAGCUUGCGUCGACAUGGUUCAAUGGUGUCACUGGUGUCUGGAGCAAGUGGCUAUUCUGCAACAUCCACCUCUUCAUUCAAGAAAGGCCACAGUUUACGUGAGAAAUUGGCUGAAAUGGAAACCUUUAGAGAUAUCCUAUGUAGACAAGUUGAUACUCUACAGAAGUACUUUGAUGCCUGUGCUGAUGCUGUCUCCAAGGAUGAACUUCAAAGGGAUAAAGUGGUAGAAGAUGAUGAAGAUGACUUUCCUACAACGCGUUCUGAUGGAGACUUCUUGCAUAAUACCAAUGGCAAUAAGGAAAAAUUAUUUCCACAGGUAACACCGAAAGGAAUUAAUGGUAUAGACUUUAAAGGGGAGGCAAUAACUUUUAAAGCAACUACUGCUGGAAUCCUUGCUACACUUUCUCAUUGUAUUGAACUAAUGGUAAAACGUGAGGAGAGCUGGCAAAAGAGAAUGGAUAAGGAAAUGGAGAAAAGAAGAAGAAUAGAGGAAGGAUACAAAAAUGCCAUGAUAGAACUUAAGAAAAAAUCCCACUUUGGAGGACCUGAUUAUGAGGAAGGUCCAAACAGUCUGAUUAAUGAAGAAGAGUUCUUUGAUGCUGUUGAAGCUGCUCUUGACAGACAAGAUAAAAUAGAAGAACAGUCACAGAGCGAAAAGGUCAGGUUACAUUGGCCUACAUCCAUGCCAUCUGGAGAUGCCUUUUCUUCUGUGGGGACUCAUAGAUUUGUCCAAAAGCCCUAUAGUCGCUCUUCCUCCAUGUCUUCCAUUGAUCUAGUCAGUGCCUCUGACGAUGUUCACAGAUUCAGCUCCCAGGUUGAAGAGAUGGUGCAGAACCACAUGACUUAUUCAUUACAGGAUGUAGGUGGAGAUGCCAAUUGGCAGUUGGUUGUAGAAGAAGGAGAAAUGAAGGUAUAUAGGAGAGAAGUAGAAGAAAAUGGGAUUGUUCUGGAUCCUUUAAAAGCUACCCAUGCAGUUAAAGGAGUUACAGGACACGAGGUCUGCAAUUACUUCUGGAAUGUUGACGUUCGCAAUGAUUGGGAAACAACUAUAGAAAACUUUCAUGUGGUGGAAACAUUAGCUGAUAAUGCAAUCAUCAUUUAUCAAACACACAAGAGAGUGUGGCCUGCUUCUCAGCGAGAUGUAUUAUAUCUUUCUGCCAUUCGAAAGAUACCAGCCUUGACUGAAAAUGACCCUGAAACUUGGAUAGUUUGUAAUUUUUCUGUGGAUCACGAUAGUGCUCCUCUGAACAAUCGAUGUGUUCGUGCCAAAAUAAAUAUCGCUAUGAUUUGUCAAACCUUGGUUAGCCCACCAGAAGGAAACCAGAAGAUUAGCAGGGACAACAUUUUAUGCAAGAUUACAUAUGUAGCUAAUGUGAACCCCGGAGGAUGGGCACCAGCCUCAGUGUUAAGGGCAGUGGCAAAACGAGAGUAUCCAAAGUUUCUAAAACGUUUUACUUCUUACGUCCAGGAGAAAACAGCAGGAAAACCUAUUUUGUUCUAGUAUUAACAGUGACUGAAACAAGGCUGUGUGACAUUCCAUGUUGGAGGGAAAACUUAAAAAAAACCACACACACACACAAAUUGAAUGCUCUAAGCUGGAACGUAGGAUCUACAGCCUUGUCUAUGGCCCAACACCUUGACUUUGUGUACAAAAAUGAAGAAAUGUUGCAAUAGCAAAGCUGAACGUCUAACCCAAGCUGUCUACCGCUAGACCUCCAUGCUCAGCUAUAAUUAUAAAUACAUGUAAAAUUACAUGUACAUGGCUAUAUUUUUAUUUGCUUGCUCCUAAAAGAGAGAAAAAUCAACUUUGAAUCACAACUAGGAAUUGAUGCUUUAAUUUUUGGAAACUUUUUCAGAAUUUUUAAUUUAGUAUAUGGUCCAGCCUAAGAUCCUCUGUUGUAUCAGGUUUUGUGCACAAAAGAAAAGCACGAAAGUGGAAUGCUCAUGGGGCAUGUGCUUUCUGUGCACCAAAUACCUGGACGGGGCUCUUUUUUCAGGCCUGCAGUUCAGUCUGUGUCUAGAAUUUUUCAACCUUUUUUUUUUGCUUGUAUAAUCAUAGAAUUCAUUGCUGCUUAUUUCUGUACUGAUUCAUGUAGUAAUGUAAAGUGUCUCUUAAUAACUGAGGGCUGUUAAUAACCUGUGAUUUUGCCUUUUCUAUAUUCUUACUCCCGUGAAGAACCUUUGUUCUGAUGGAGAAAGAAUGAAAAGCUUUAUUCCUCUCCCCCCUCCUACAACCCCAGUUAUCUUUAUAGUUCCUGUAUUUUUAGUUGUGUUCUGUACACUAUAGCUUUUUUUUUUUUUUUUCAGUUUGUUAGAAACAGAAUUUGGCAGUUUCUAAAUUGGUUCUGCCUGCCUUUGAACAGAAACAUCUGUAUAAAUCUUGUGGGUAUAAACUGCUUUCUGGAAAAAUGGUUAGGAUAAAAUGAACUCAGAAUUUUUAAUGAAAUUUGUAAGGAUAUGCAGUUAUUACUUGUGAAAGCAAAUCAGACUGAGUUUGACAUUUGAUUCAAUAUUUUUAGGACUCAGUAACCGGUAUGUUUUUUAGUUUUUCUAAUUUGGGUUAGUUUAAAAGAUAUAUUGCAAGAUACGCAUAGAAAUGUGAGCAGUGCUUCUGUUUGCCUUUUGAUCAGAAACUUCAGCAGAGCUUUAACGUAUUCCAUGUGAUUCAGACUGAGAUUCUUUCCUUAGUGGCUAUAAGAACUUAAAUGUAAAAUCCUUUUUUAGUUUUAUUAGUUUUAGGCCUUUGUGAAAAACCGUGAAGCAUGAAGUUGAGGCAAGGAAUUAUACUCAUCGAAGUAGAAAUGACUGCCCACUUCAAAAUCUUCAUUAUGUUUCUACACAAACGUGCUUGCAUAAAUCAGAGGCAGGCAUUUUGUAGAUGCUUUGCUGACUUACUCAUCUCUGUAGAAACACAGAAAUCCAACCCAUUUUGUAAAGCAGAAAGUCAUGUCACGUGGAACAUGUCUUGUAUAUAUUUCAUAUGUGGUAUUGGAGUCUUAAUGAUAAAUGCAAGGUGAUAAUUUAAUGAUGGGAUUAGUCUGGUCACUUCAUAUGCACAAUCCUGGAGGUGAAUUACUUGCAUCAAAUAUAGUGGUAUUUAUUAUUCUGUACAGAGAGGAAAUACAUAUAAAACAUAUGCUUACAUUACAUGCACGCAGAUUUCAUGCUCCAUAAAUCUUUUCUAUUUUUUAAUUUACUUUUCUCUAAAUGAUGUGCAUGGAAUAUGCCUUAUUAUAGAAAAAUGCUGUUCAUAAUUUGACUACGUGGAAAAGUGCCUAUGGUGGUAAUGCUAGUAAGGCAAAUAAGACAAAUUCUAUCAGUUUACUACAUCACCAGUUAACAUUUUAUAUUGUGAUGUUUAAAAAAGAAAAGUUUAUACCUCAAAUGUGUAUUUUAUUUUACAAUCAGCUGUGGGUCAGGGUGUGGGAGUAUGGGAGGGUUGGGGAGGGAAGGUAUAUUCACCAUAGAUGCUGAUGGAAUCUUCAAAAAAAGUUCUGUAUGCCCACUAUAAAUGUUUCUCUGUUUGCCAUUUUUUUCUGGUAACUAUCAUGAACACAGACAAGUAACUCUUUCGUAACUAAAUUAAAUAGCUUUGUUUUUCAAAGGUAUGGAAAGUUUACAAAGCAGUAUCUAAAUCUAAUUAUCAUUAGUUGCAUUUGCACUAAAUGUUAAUGAUAUACUUUUGCAAUUCUGUAAAUAAAAUGAUUACUCUAAAAUAUUUGUAUUAAAAAGGAAAAGAAAAAGAUACAUUUUACCUUUAGAUAACUGCACUGGUACUUUACUAGAGUUAAUCCUGUCCAACCAGAUUUAGAAAUGAGUAGGAGAGUAUGAAAAGAAUUUAAAACAGGUUAUAAUUUGGAUAGGUACUAGCCCUUUAGACAAUUUUCAGACCCUCUAGAAUUCCGUGUGGCUAAUUCCUACAUACUCUGAAUAUACAUGAUGUUUUCUCAUCCAUAGUUAUUUUCUACUUCUCUUCCCCAAGCCAAAAAAAAUUAUCUUUUUACUCUUUUUUCUACUCAGUUACUCUUUUUGUACUAUGAUAGAAACUUUAAAAAUAUUGGUGAUAAGGGAUUUUGUUCCCUGAGUGCCCGCUCUACAGUUCAAGAGAAAGAGCACAGUGUUUCAGUUAGAAUUCAGGACUCGUGGUUUUGAGGUGGAGGGUGAUCAUAGCAGCUCUUGGUUUGGGAUCGCCACAGGGGCAGCCAGACCUGGGAGGAGGUUGACUGGGAGAGGUGUAAGAAUACAAAAUAAGGCAAUGGAGGAAUAGGUUUCCCAUUUUUCAGUUUCAUCAACUAAUUUGUACACCUAUACAACAUCAGUGUCGAUUGCUUUGAGAAGUUUUUAGUAGGGCUGAGCUGGUUCUCGUGAAAUUGUACUGGUUAUCUUUAAACUUAUCAGUUGUUUGUCCAAUUAAACAUUUUCUCCAGUAUUUAGUCCAAGUUAUACAGACGAUGUAUGUGGAUUAUCGUUAUUGUUCAUCUACAAACUCAAAACAUAAUCAUUUUAAAGUACCUUGGGAGUGUAUAGAGUGUAACUAUUCUAUAAUAGCUUUAUGAUCCUGAUGAUGUUUUUUUAAAAAAAAAAUAAUAAAGUUGGAUCUUCCAUGUUACAAUCGCAAAAUUAAAACCAGUAUUUAAAAGUGGAAAAGUAUUAAAAUAUUAUGGACAAA